CACACACACACAUAGACUCUCCCGCACAGCAACACAACCAGCCAGGACUGAUCCGGUUCAGACUGGAGAGGGCUCCCAUCAGAAGCACCUUUUGGCUGGACCCAGUACUUCCAACCAACUACACCCAGCAAGGACCAACUGGAGUCUGAAUCUCUGAUGAUCUCCAGCAGCCUCACGGUGGACCCUGUCUUGUGUUGGAAACUCUAUUCCCGCACGGCUGCUUCACUUUCGGGUCUAGACUGAAUCAGGAAUCAAGAACUGACUGGCUCGUACUAAUCACGCUUUGGCCAUGAGCUGUUUCGGGUACCGGCGAGAGCUGAGUAAGUACGAAGAUGUCGACGAGGACGAGCUUUUGGCCUCCCUCAGCCCUGAAGAGCUGGCUGAGCUGGAAAAGGAGCUGGCGGACAUUGAUCCUGAUGCCAACGUGCCCAUAGGACUCAGACAGAGAGACCAGACGGACAAAACCCCAACGGGCACCUUUAGCAGAGAGGCCCUCAUGAAGUAUUGGGAAAAUGAGACACGUAGACUGCUUGAGGACGAGAUAAGUGGAGGAAACUCCAAACCGGAUGAAGAACAAGAGGAGGAGUGUGUGACAGAAGAAAACAGCGGAGCAGAAGAUGAAAAAGAUGCUGAAAAUGAGAAAGAACAGGAAAGGCGUGAAGAGCAAAAGGAGAAGGAAGAAGAAACGGAAGAAGAGGAGGAGGAUGAAGAGGAGGAGGAGGAGAGCGAAGAAGAGGAGGAAGCUUUAACAGAGGAGGAAGAGGAAGAAGAAGAUAAUAAAUUAAAACCUGAACUUGCGACGGAUUCUGGGGCGCCGGGGUCACGGGCCGACGCCCCGAUGCUACUGAAACCACAGAGGGUGGAGCCUGUGAGACUGACUCCUCCCCCUCCACCUGCUGACCCAAACACGACCGGAAACCCAACCGUCGUAGAUGAAGCUCUCCAACGAGUUCUUAGCAACGACUCUGAACUCACGGAGGUUAAUCUCAACAACAUUGACGAUAUCGCACAGGAAACCCUCAUCAGAUUUGCUGAAGCGCUGAGGUCCAACACACACGUGCGGGUCUUUAGCCUCGCGAACACCCGAGCCGACGACCCCGUGGCUCUGGCCAUUGCUAAGAUGCUGAGGGAGAACUCGUCCAUCACCAGCCUGAAUAUAGAGUCCAACUAUGUGACUGGGAAGGGUGUGAUGGCUCUGGUUCAAGCACUUCCAGGGAACAACACCCUGACUGAGCUUCGGUUCCACAACCAGAGACACAUGUGUGGAGGACAGGUAGAGAUGGAGAUGGUGAAGAUUCUGAGGGAAAACUGCACCUUGAUCAAGCUAGGUUACCAGUUCAACCUGCCUGGUCCCAGGAUGAGCAUGACAGGGAUCCUUACUAGGAACCAGGACUUCCAGAGACAGAAACGGUUGCAGGAGCAGAGACAGCAGCAGCAACAGGGGGCGUCAGAGGGAGCUGUUAACCCCAGAACCAGCGCACUGAAAGGAACUCCUCGCUCAUCACCUUACAGCUCACCCAGAGCCUCUCCUUGGUCCUCACCCAAACUGCCCCGGAGUGACCUGGCUAAGAAACAGACCCCUCCUGCUCCACCUCCUCCUCCCCCUCCUCCACCUCCGCCGCCUCCACCACCGCCUCCCCCUCAGCGGGAGAAGAAGCCCACCAGGAUGAUCGCGGAGGUCAUCAGGGAGCACGAGGCGGGCAGCAAGAAGGUGACCAAGACUAAAGGUAAGAAGGGCAAGAAGGGGAAGUUGAAGGAGUCGGGCAGAGACGAGACGAGUAGCAUCCUGAAGGAGCUCAAGAACGCGCUGAGGCCCGUGUCUGUGGAGAGGAGAGGGGAAGAGAGCAGCAGGCCGUCCACGCCGAUGAGGUCGGCCCACGAUCAGCUGAUGGAGUCCAUUCGCCACAGCAGCAUCCGCAACUUGAAACGGGUGGAAGUCCCUCAUCACCUACGAUAAUACAAGCAGGAAUAAAGGAAAGGCCUGUUAGUUGCCACGGAAACUGGGGAGUCUGCAUCAUGAUGACGAUGGAGUAACAAAGAAUGAUGAAAACACAAGGUGAAGAGGCAAAAACUGAAUUCUUACUCAUGAGAAAGAAAACAUACUGGAAAUUUGCACUGCAAAAAUAGCUUUACAUUUUACUCAUGUUAAAGGGUUUUUUUUAAGUAUUAAUGCAUAAUUGAAAAUGGUAUUUGUACUUUGAUGAGUUGACUGAUAAGUUUUCUAAUUCACUGUUUUCUUGUAAAGUUGUAAAUACGAUCCGUUGUUGGUGGAAUUAUGUGUUGAUUUCUAAA